CUUUUCCUGUAGCUUUGCUACUAGCAAACUGAGCCGAAACCUUAUUUUCCGACUUCCUUCCGGUGUCGCUAAGGAGUAAGAGGACUGAUCUCUCUGUUUUCUCCCAAAAAUGUCUAUGCCUAGCACGUGCUCGAUGAAAUGCCCCUGAGAAAGCAUUCCACGCCGGCGACCGUCGAUUUUCCUACCGAACCCACAUCUCUGACCUUACACUGGAGCCUAGUCACUCUAUUCAUCCAUGAAUUCCUUCACAAUCCCUGCUAUUCGCUCUCUCCCCACCGCCGCGCUCCCUUCUUCCUUCACCACUCGGGACUUUAGGGCAGGAAAUUGUCAGCCAUGAUAAGAGAAGGUGGUGGCUCCGAGAACUGAUCAAGCAGCUGCGCGAAGUGGGGGUUCGAUCUUGGUAUUGAUGGCGUCCAUGAACUUCUCCAUAUCAGCAGCUCGAACCCAGCUCGGAUGGGAUCACAUUAGAAAUUGAUCAUCGGAUUGAUGUGGCCAUGACCCGGAUAUGGCAGAGCGACAAUGUGGCAUGAACUUCGUGUUUCUUCCAUGAUUGCUGGAAGAGCCAAAGAUACUGAUUCAACUGCACAACAGGCACAUGUCCUAAUUCAGGUCAUUUCAAUAAUCUCUCCACCAAGGGAAGAAAGUUCGUGUGUGUGACCUAACAAAUGCACGUAUUUGUAAGCAGCAGAAACUCCUCCUCCCCCAUCACCCUCCGCUGCCUCCGUUAUCAUUAUUGGUGCUGGAUUAUCAGGAAUGGUAGCAGCAAAGAAACUGAGUGACGCAGGUAUCAGGGAGUUGCUGAUCCUUGAAGCCACCCCGAAGAUCGGCGGCAGGCUUCACAAGACUACAUUUGGUGGGUAUGCGAUGGAGAUGGGCGCGGCCUGGUUCUCCGAAGGAGGGCCUCAGCAGAGCCCCUUGGUCGACAUUGCCAAAUCCAUCAAGCUCCGUACUCAUACCACCGAGUUUUGGAACAUUUCGUCCAACACCUACAAACAAGAGGGCGGAUUGUACCCGAAAUCAGAAGUCGAAGAAGCAUUCGCAGCAGGCAAGGCCAGGGAACGGUUAUGCGCGAACCUCUCUGCUGUACUGAAUGCUGUCCCGGAACAUGACCAUGAUAUCUCUGUUCUUGGGGCGUACCACCUUCAUAAAAAGGCGCCGAAGACGGCGCUGGAGAUGGUGAUCGACUACUUUCAGAACGAUUACGAGGACGCUGACUCCCCGAGUGUGACGAGCCUGAAGCACACCCUCCCUCGCCACGAAUUCCUCGACUUCGGCGGCGAAACUUACUUCGUCGCCGACCCAAGAGGGUUUCACAGCAUUGUCCAUUACAUUGCUAAGCAGUUCUUGUCCCACUCCCACCACUAUGACGAUGAAAUGAUGAAUCAAUUGCAGGUUGUCAGAGAAAUCAACUACUGUGAAAACAGAGUAAGAGUGAAAACAGAGGAUGGUUGUGAGUAUGAAGCUAAGUGUGCAAUAGUGUCUGUCAGCCUUGGAGUUCUGCAGAGCAACUUGAUUAACUUCAUCCCUAACCUACCUAAGUGGAAAAGGCGAGCGGUGAACGGAUUCAACAUGGGGAAUUUCACCAAGAUAUUCCUGAAAUUCCCAACCAAGUUCUGGCCAUCGAACACGGCCGGAUCCGAGUUCUUCCUCUACGCCCACGAAAACAGGGGAUACUACCCGACAUGGCAGAACCUGGAAAACGUGCUGCCAGGGUCCAACAUUUUGCUCGUGACGGUGACCGGAGACGAAUCGAAACGGAUCGACAAGCUCGCCGACGAGACGAUCCGGGAAGAAGCCAUGGUGGCGCUGAGGAAGAUGUUUGGAAAUGGGAUCCCUGACCCUGAACAGAUACUCGUGCCGAGAUGGUUGUCGAAUCGAUUGUUUCGAGGGAGCUACUCGAACUGGCCCGUUGGGUAUAAACAGAGCAACCACAAGCAAUUGAAGGACCCAGUAGGUCCAAUUUUCUUCACUGGGGAGCAUACCAGUACCAAGUAUCUGGGUUUUGCUGAUGGUGCCUAUUGUGCAGGUCUCUGCAAUUUUUUUUUUUUUUUUGUGUCUAUAUAAAUUGUCUGAGUAUUGAAGCACUGUUUUGAGGAUUUAUGAUGACUAUUUACUGAUAUAAGAUACUUGAAAAUCAUGUAGGAGUGGAUACUGGAAAUGAGGUAGCCAAAUGUGUUAGAGAGCAUCAAACCAAGGAGAGAAAGAGUGAGCCCAGUGCCUUGCUCACAAAUAAAUAGAGUUCGCAAUUUUGUAAUCCAAUCCAAUUCAUCCACUUAAAUAUUUAACUGAUUCAAUCCAUUUGAUCUAAAUCAAACUGAUUUGGAUUCAUGGACUGUUGGCAAAUUACGAUUUAGUAUCUAUGUUUUUAUAUUUUACAACUUGAUACCUAAAAUUUAUUUUUUAUACGACAAUAUCAUCGGA